AUGCUCGGCGCCGCUAGAAUACUCGCCCGUGGCCCCGGCCGCGCCAUGUUCGCCCGUCCCUUUUCCACAUCAGCUCGCCGCAUGGCCGACGCCGCCGCGCCGCUGCCCGCGCGGAAACCCAUGGGUGCCUUCCGGGGAGGGCUCUUCGGCUUCCUCUUCGGCUGCGUCCUGUCGGGCGGCGCCGUCUACAGCUAUGUCCUGAACGAGUACAAGACCUCCAACGACCUCCUGACCGAGGACAUCUACACCCUUCAAGCCUCGGUCACGCGCCUGACCAACUACGUCAAGAACCUCGAGGAACGGACACAAGCAAGGAAGUGA